AUGGCGGCGAGCGAACGUGAAGUCGACAGGACCGAGGUGUACCUCAGGUACCUCCCGCGCUCCGCCACCGAGGCGAGCGUUCGCGAGUUAUUGAAAGACGCCGGCACCAUCGAGCGCGUGUGGAUGAGCAAAGACGCCCAGGGCGAGUGCAAGGGCUUCGCGUUCGUCAACUUUCGCAAAAACAAAGAGGCGCGCGAGUGCGUGCUGCGUUACAACGCGCAUCCGAAAAACUAUCUCGACGGCAAGCACGUCGUGAUCGAACACGCCAAGGCGUGGGAUGGACACGCGGAGAAGAAAAUCGCGGCGUGCUCGUACGGAUCGGCGUGCGCGAAGGCGGAUUGUUGGUUCUCGCAUCCGGCGGACUGGGCGUUCGCGAAGACGACGGGGACGAGGGCGAGCGGAGACGAAAAGGGAAGCGGGAAAAAGAGGGAUAGCGGUGCGGCGGUGCGCGAUGGAAAAGUGCGGAAGAAAGUGCGGUCGAAGACGCGCUUGGGGGCGAAGGCGAGACAGCGGGCGAAGAAGCGCGCCGAGAAGGAAGCGGCGGACGGCGGCGGCUGA